UGGCACAGACGACAUUUUGAUUUUGCCGUUGACACUUGACAUGACACUGACAGUGAAAUACGAAAGUGUAAAGUGUAAAGCUAACCGAAGAUCAAAUUCAGCAAAAGAUGUCUCACCAUAUUUAACUAUAAUCGUCUCUGCACGGUUAAAAUCGUUAGUGAUAUUUGUGAAACUGGAUUAUUUGACUGUUUUAACAAUGAAACACCACUUUUGCGAUCUUUGCUGAUUUUUGAGAAUGUCCCUUUAUUUUUUUCUAUUAUGUUCCACGGGUUAAGGAUACGAUGCCGAGAGUUCACGAAAUACGUUCGACGUUUUAGCCUAAGUUGAAUUAAUUAAGUUUCAUGUUCAUCAGUGUUGUGUUAACUUAUUUAAAAAUGGAACUUUUGUUUGUAUUAUGUCUUGCGUCUUUAAGCCUGGCUUACGAUAAAGCGUCGUUCUACGGCGCCAGCUACGUUUCCUACCCACUUCAGGAAGCGAAGGGUGUUACGGACAUAAGCUUUAGGUUCCGUACACACUUGUCCGAUGCGCUGUUGCUCCUUGCCGCUGGAAAAACUGACUAUUGUAUGAUAAGACUAGAAAGCGGGAGAUUAAAACUGCACAUUAAUCUUGGAGCUGGGGAAAGUGAACUGUCAUCAUCAAAAGGCAUCAACCUCAAUGAUACACAAUGGCACCACGUAAGCAUCAUCAGACGAGAAGCAAAUCUUACUAUGAAGGUUGACGACAACGUUGUGAAGAAGAGGUUGCCGGGACGUUUCUUCGAGUUAAACAUCCAUUUUGGAAUUUUUCUCGGAGGCCAAGGCGAUUUUUCUGAACUAUUUCUCGGACAUAUGGAAAAUUUUCGCGGAUGCAUGGAGGAUGUGUAUUACAAUGGAGUAAAAAUAAUCGAGAAGGCUCGAAGUCGCAGUGGAUCAGUACACGUUGAGGGAGUCACGUGGAACUGCGCACCAGAGUUCGAUGCCGAUAUCAAUUCCGACAUAAGUUUCAUUGAUGAGGGCGCCUAUUUGAUUUUACCGAAAAUUAACUCUAGAGCGGGAGGAAGAUGGCAGAUAGAGUUCAAAACGAUCACGCCAAAUGCCAUUGUUCUGUACAACCCUGGCGGUGGUCGCGGUUCUGAUUACUUGGCCGUAGAGAUAUUGGAGGGCGUGGUGAGAGUGAAGAUGGCCCGAGGGCAGAUUGUACACACGGAGAGAGUGAACGAUGGUCAGUGGCACAAAAUGCAUCUGCUCUUCAACCCAUCACUUAUUGAGCUCUCCAUUGAUAACAUAGCGAUGAGUACACGCAUUGAAAGUGGCGGCACGAGAUACCUCGAUCUAUCGGAUUCCUUCUAUCUUGGUGGCAUUGAGAGCGAGAAACGACAGAGGGCUUUUGCUAAAGGGAUUAAGGCCGCUGACUCUAGUAUCAUGGGUUGUAUCAGACCGAUCGAGGUGGACGACAAAGUGAUAGGACUACCGAACGCAGUGGUCACAUACGGAGUGAGCCCUCGUUGUGUGUGGUGGUAUCCUUGCCACGCCGGGCCCAGUCCGCCGUGCGUGCCGCGCGCGACUUGCGAGCAGCAUGGCGUCGACCACUUCACUUGCAAGUGUGACAAUGAGUUGUGCAUCAAUCCGGAUUAUGCGGAAAAGUACAAGGUAUUUUCAAAAUCCAGCAGUGAAUUGGAACUCGUGGCUUUGUAUCCGCUGACUGUUCAAGAAGGCGGAGUAGCUGUUAUCACCACACAGAACAUAGACGUGGUGUUGGACCACCACAAGUACGGUGUCCGACCGUCCGGGGUGUUAUUGCACGUGGCGCAGUCACCCCAACACGGCAGGAUCGCCGUGGACCUCUCCCUCCAGAGGAACCUGCCUCAGUACACUAACUACGUUGAAGGCGAGAAGUCUAAACAGUUCUUCACUUUGAUGGACUUGUCUAGAGAUAAGGUCCGAUAUGUCCACGAUGGGUCAGAGAAUCACCAAGAUGCAAUUGUGGUUGAAAUGGAAUUGAUUCCAGAGACAAAAUUCACCCUUCCCAGCUAUCUUCAGGGACGGAACACGUUCGUCUUGCACGUCAAUGUCACUCCAGUGAAUGAUCCACCUGUUCUCAAUCUACUACCGGGAAAGGUGUUGAGACUCACUCAGGGUACAAGAAAGGUCAUCACUUCAGACAUACUAAAAGCUGAAGAUCCAGACACUCCACCAGAAGAUCUAUUGUACACAGUAUUGCAUGGGAAGAAUGAGGCUAUCAGUGGACAUAUUGAAAUGUCCGGGCAGCCUGUGGAUUCAUUCACUCAACAGGAUAUAGAUUCAGGUGUUAUAUCCUACGUUCAUGGCACUAACAGUGAUAAGCAACUCAACAAAACGUCUCUUCGGCUCACUUUACAGGUAUCGGAUGGAAUUGAGACAAGCGGCCCAGGUGUGCUCAGGAUAUCGGUGGUGCCUUUACAAGUGCGUUUGGUCAAUAACACCGGACUAUUUCUAGUGCACAAUUCGUAUGCGUUGAUCACCGCUGACAACCUCACUUUCGCGACCAAUGCUGACGAAACCAACGUACACGUAAAGUAUGAUAUAGUGAAGCCUCCGCAGUUUGGUGUGGUGGAGCGACUUCGAGUGUUAGACGGUACAUGGCAAACGGUCGAUUCGUUCACCAGCGAAAUGGUUAACUUCGCUCGCGUACGAUACAUGCACAUACUUGGGAACCCCACGCAUGAUGAGUUUAAGUUUAAGGCAUCCGUGGGCACCGUCCGAACGAACACACUGUACGACUUUCGAUUAACAUUUAUCAAACUCGAAUUAUAUCAAUCGACUAACGAAGAACUAGUAUUGAACAACACAAGAGAAGCCUUCAUAUCGACUCAGCACCUCAGGUUCAGGACUAGACCUCUCACUUUAUCCGGAGAUCGUAUACUGUUCACGCUAUUAAAACCUCCAAAGUACGGUAUACUUCAUUUAUCAUCUGGAAAACAUCAUUUGCAAAUGUUCAGCACUUUUACACAACAGGACAUAGACUUGGAUCAACUCUGGUACAGAUUACAUAGACGGGCGUAUUCUCAUAUACAAGAUGAAUUUACUUUUGUAGUAGGGGCGACAGAAUGCGAAAACAUUACUGGGGUAAUGACAAUAAGGCACGUGCCAGGUUCCUUUACCUCAGAUCACAUGUCCGGUCGAGUUCACACUACAUUGGAGAGGUUGCAAGUAACAGAAGGCUCUAGGAUGGCGAUACCGGCGACACAUUUAAAUUUCAGGACUGACGUCAUAACCAAUCUUGUGUUUAACAUCACACAUUUACCCAAACACGGGAAGAUUGAAGUUAUAAGCGACAGUCUGAAGAUUGUGAGGGAUAACACAACUUACUUCACGCUUCAAGAAUUGAAUUCUGAUAGAGUGUAUUAUUCGCACGAUGAUUCAGAAAGUAGACACGAUUCCUUUCAUUUUAUGGCUUUAAGCCCAGAGCCUGAAGACUUCCAAUAUGUCGGAGUUUUCCAUAUAGAUAUAAUAUUGAAGAAUGAUAACAGUCCAGUGCGUGCCAACGAAAAGGUCUUCCAUAUCGUUCACGGAGGAGCCAGGCUUGUAACUGCUCGCGAUUUGAGUUACACAGAUGCAGAUUUAGACACUAAACCAUCAGAUAUAACGUAUACCGUUCAAAGAUUUACAAAAGAUCCUCCGAAUGGUGGUAUAUUCCGUGCUGAUAAUCCGUCGGAACAAAUUGCCCAAUUUACGCAAGACGAUAUCAAUAAGAAUCUAAUACUUUUCAAACACCAGGGGAAAGAGUAUGGAAAAAUGUCAUUUUGGAUUUCGGAUGGCUUAUUCGAUGUAAACGGCAAUCUGGAAAUACAAGCGUCACCUCCUUUUAUAAGAAUGUAUUCGACCAACGGUUCCAUUGUUGAAAAUGGAAAAGCAGUCGUUAUAUCUACUAAAGAGAUGCAAGUGGACACUAACAUGAACUGUCUCGAAGAGGAUAUUCGGUAUGAAGUGACCCAAGAGCCCAAGCAUGGGUCCAUAGAAGUUGGUGAAGGUCAAGGUGCUGUAACUUUCACUCAAUUGGACGUUGCUGCUGGUAGAGUAGCCUACAGGCACAGGGAGCCGAAGACUCCAACUGAUCUGUUCAGAUUCAAAGUAAUGUGUUUGGAGGCAUGGGGGGAAGGCAUCUAUCCAGUCAAGAUAUUCCCGUCAAGUUAUUGGGAACCUCUGAGGAUAACCACUAAUAAACCGCUUAUUGUUGAAGAAUCUACCAGUGUUAAUAUUACGAAGGAUAUUUUGGAGGUUAUGCAUCCUCAGAUUGAGCCUUCAAACAUAGUAUUUCAAGUAGUCGAAGGCCCCUACCACGGUUGGCUCGAAAUAUCGUCAACACCCGGCACAAUUGAAGUUGAAAACUAUGAAGAACCAGUUCACACGAAAGUUUUCGACCAAUCUAUCAUAAACUCGAACCGAUUAGUGUACGUCCAGUCCGGGGUUAAUAGAACGAGGGACAAAAUCAAAAUGGAUGUAACAAAUGGCAUAGUGUGGCUUCGAAACGUCGAGUUGACAGUUGUAAUAAUACCUGAGCAUUUUUACAUUGUGUCAUCGAACUUGACUGUAGUCGAAGGUGAAUCGGUCAGUGUUAAACAGGAUAUGUUUAGAAUAAUCACGGAUUACUACCGCGGCAAAGUGAUCUCUUACAAAGUGAUACAGAAACCGAAAUAUGGAAAAAUUAUGAUGGCCGAUCAGGAGCUCAGUUUGUUGCCGGUUUUGAAAUUGAAUUCAGGGAAUAUAAUGUACGUAAAUGAUGGUUCAGAAGAAUCCUCAGACUCUAUCAAACUAAAAGCAAUAACAGAAGGAGGUAAAGAAAGCGAACCAUUCUACGUAAGGAUAAACAUUGUACCGGUGAAUGAUGAACCCCCCAUUGUGGCUGCCAAUACUGGCCUCUGCGUAUGGGAGGGAGGAACAUUCACUUUUACGAGGAACGAACUAUAUGUCAAUGAUAUAGACACCCCACUGAAGAAUGUCACAAUCAGAGUUGUAGACAUAGUAUCUGGUUACAUAGCCAUGAAGGGCGAUGUAGAGAAUGCGGUGGACCACUUCACGCAAGCAGAUAUAGAUAGCAGACAAGUCCUUUUUGUUCAUAAAAAUGGCACCAAAGGCAAGAUGAUAUUCAACGUCACUGACGGUCUUCACGAACUGGCCAAAAUAACAUUUCUCAUAUCUACAAAAUCUGUGUCACUGAAGUUAGUGAGAAAGCAUACUUUACGCGUUUUCCCUUUAAUGAGAGAACCGCUUAACAACUACCAUUUAAUGUCGAAAUGUUCUGAUGCCACAAGGAAUAUAGUAUAUAAAAUCGACAGAGCCCCAACACUUGGAAGGCUCAUAAUGCUCAAUGGGGAAAACCAUCACAGAUCAAUAAAACAGUUCACACAGCAAGAUAUCAACAACACUUUAAUCUAUUACGAACACACACACCCUUUCUCCGACUUGCACACGAAUGACUCUUUCAUAUUUUCUGUUGAAACUGCACUGGCGAAGCCCAUCGCCGAUCAAAUAUUCAAUAUAGACAUAUCUGUAUCGUCGGGUGGUUUAGCCAAAUACGUGCACGUCCCGGUUACGAAAGUUCAGGAAGGGGAUAAAGCUCCAGUGAGAGUGAACGUCACUAAUGUAAUAACAUAUUUGGAGAGCCAAGCCGGUGUCAGGCAACCACAAAUCGAAGCGCAAUGGUCACAGCCAUCCCAUGGUGAAUUGAAGCCAUACUUAUCAUCACUUACACAAGCUCAACUAGAAAGUGGUGUCGUUACAUACGUGCACGAUGACACGGAUACGUUGCAAGAUAAAAUAGACAUGGCUCUUUAUUUAUUACCUGACUAUGUUCUCCUCUGCAACGUUACAAUAACAAUCAUUAUAAUACCAGUGAACGAUCAACCAUUCAGAUUGCUCACAGACACACCUCAGAUACAAGUCGUUCAAGGAGAAAACUAUACCUUAACAAAGAAUGAUUUACUCACAGAAGAUGCGGAUACGUCUCCAUCUGGUAUUUUGUACGAUAUCAUUAGUGGACCCACGCAAGGUAGAUUGGUAAUGUGGGAGAAAAAUGAGACUGUAGACGAAGCCCAGUCGAUAAAUAAGUUCACUCAGCAAGACAUAAAUAAUGGAAAAAUUGUAUACGAACAUUCAGGCUUACUCCAAACCGCGACAUUCUAUUUUAGAGUAUGGGAUGGACAGUUCAAACCGACUUACACAGUUUUCACUAUUGAUGUUUUGCCUGUUAUAUUAAAUGCGACGUCAUUACAUCCGAUAUAUUUGCAGCAGGGCUCCAAUGUGGCCACUGUGACCACAGAUCAAAUAUACAUAGAAACAAAUGCAAAGAAAUCCAAAGUUUGGUACAAUAUAACAGGACAACCUGUCCACGGAAUGAUUUAUCUCGGCAGAAAUCCCGUCACAUACUUUUCCCAUACAGAUUUAUUGGAUAAGGUUGUUAUUUACAUGCAGAAUGACAUGACCGUCGCAAACGACAGUUUCGAUCUUAUUGCGUACGUGCACAAUAGCAAUUCGACUAUGCCCUUCAAAAUUGAAGUCAUCGUUCAGCCAUUAAUGAUUCUUGGAGACUUGAAAGUUGAAGAAGAGAAGGCAAAAAUAACUCUAUCUAAUUUAGACGCAACUGAAUUAGCUAAACUAACUGCCAGUGUUCCAGUUUACACUUUGAUAAAGAAACCAAAGUAUGGAACAUUGAAGAAGAUUAUUCGAAGUUCAGGAGAAAAAACUAGUGCUCGCGAAAGAGAAAUUGCUUACUUUACGCACGAGGAUAUCAAAGCUGGUGUCAUAUAUUACGUGGCAAAGAAGAAGUUGAGCGAUCUUAACGGAUUGGAAGAUGGAUUUAGGUUUCUGUUAGCAGCUACAAUAUUUCAACCAGCCGCUGGUGAUGUUAAGAUAUUUAUCGGCAGCGGACAAAAGAAAAAUCUACCGGGGCCAAAUGACCCUGAAAGCCACGAGGGAGUGCCGGUUGCGAAUGGCGAAUCGGCGUCUUAUUACAUGAUGGUGGUCAUGGCUUUGCUGGGAACGGUAUUGGCGAUCAUAGUGAUAUUCGGAUUGUUGAAAUGCCGUCGAUACCUGAUGCGGGAACAGAAUGCGCUGGUCAAGAUUCACGGGCAAAGCCAGGGCGCAGUUGCUCCUAUUCCUUUGCCACGUCCGCCAGAUCACUUGAUGCCUUCCCCAUCACAAGCGACACCACCUAUUAAAAGAUACGUAUCAUCGGAUCAGUCUGUUCACACCGGUGCGAGCACGCCUCUGCCGUCGGGCGGAAGUGUGGCGUGCAAAGUGACUCCACUGGCCGACGCUGGUCUGACAGAUCUCAACUCUCGGUAUCCGUAUGGUGCGGAAGAUCAUACUGACGCUGAAGACUGGAGCAGCUACGAGGCGAGCGAAUCUGCGUAUCCGAUUCGGGCACCUGGUGCGGCGCCCGCCAAUCCCAUGCUGAGACGCAACCAGUACUGGGUCUGACCCGCGGACACCGUUACCCUGCCUAGGGUGCCUAGACAAGUGACCCUAACAACUCAUGAGAACUUCGUAACGCUCAACCGUCGACCGACCAGACGCGGAAUCGACUUCGUUCCAACGCCCUUUCUACUAAGCAACUAUAAGGUGACAAAGUAUGCAAGUUGUGAAGUGACUCUUUAAGUAUUAUGGCUCGUGUGUCAACCUGGGCUAUUAACAAUAUGGCCCAAUGUUGGCAUCUUAAUAUAAAUAUAGGUAUUGAAUUAUUUGUUACACUAAUUGCGAAAAACAUAAAUUUUUCAUUGUUUUUUUUUAAAUUAACGCGCGUUUACGUUAGUCGACAUAUAUGAUAAGUAUUGGGUGGUAGCGCGAUGAUUUCUGAUUGGUACUGUUUAUUUGACAAAUUAAUAUUUACGCAUAUAAUAACAAGACAAUAGUUGUAUGUCAGUUGAAUCUGUUACUCCAUGACAUUAACGAAUAUAAUUUAGCAUAUUAACAAAUACAUAUAGUUAAUUAAUUAUGGCAGCUUAAUUUAUUUUAUAGGGAAAAUAAAAGGCUUAAACAUAGCAUAGACUAAGAUAAUCAUGGUGAAAAAAUUGGUUUAAACAUAAUAUUUUACGAAUUAGUAUUAGUUAAUUUUUAACUAAUUUGGAACACACGCGUACUUAAUAAUACUUCGGUGUGGACACAUCGCAUACUUUUACUGUCUGGUAUUAUUUUCAUGACGUAUAUUUGAGUAUUUUAAUAUUUUCAAAGCUCAUGUGUAAAAUCUAAAACAUUUUUAAAAUAUGGAUUUGCGUAUACAUGUACCAGGCAUUAGUUUAAACAUAAAAAUUGUUAUUUUGUGCUUUCUGUUGUCUUACUUAAUAUUUUUACGCAUAACUAGUGCAAAAUCUAAUGCAAAAUAGUGCCAAAAAUGUUUUUUUCUUUUUUUAUUUUUAAUUUAUUUAUUAGCUUUCGUUCGGUUUAUUUUACAAUAAACCAUACAAAUAUUAUACCAAAGUCUGAUUUUUGUUUAGAAAUUGUCAAAUUAUUUUAACAAUUCAUAAUUAUAUUUAACACCAAAUCUCAUGCCAAUUAUACUGAAGUGCCAAAGAAAUAAUUAUAAUGUAUAGUUUUCAAUUUCUAAUGUUAAAUCUCAUUGUGACAAAGCUUCAAAUUUUUAUUAUAUUAAAUUUAAAAUUAUGGACAUUCAAAGCUUAGACGUAAUUUCAAAAAAAUUACUGUGCUGUACACAGGACUGAAGUAAAACUUCAUUAAAAACAAAUAAAGAUUUAAACAACCUCCUUGUUUAAAGUCUGUUAAAAUAAAAAACAAAGCGCCGUCUAUGAUAACUGCAUGGCAACAGGUUCUUGAAGUGUAAAAAAAGGUGUAUUUCGAAGUUCUAUAAAAACGCCAUCUACUGGUAGUUUAAAUUAACAAUCGCUGUUGUCUGUUACACUGUGCCUGUAGAUGGCAGCACGCAUGGCCAGAUGUCAAACUUCUCGUAACGCAUCCAUUAAAUUACUCUUCAAGUCAAGCGUGCGUAAAAGAGUUUUACUCCUGUAAAAAGUAGUAUAAACCAAAUCAUGUUAGAAAUGGAUACAGCGGUCUCGAUUUGCCAUAUUUCGCUCCAUUACAAUUUAGUUACUUUUUGAUCUGAUAAAAAUAAAUAAUAUAGCUAAUACGCGCAGCUUCCUCUGUUCUUAUUAACGGAGAACAUAAUACUUCGUCCUCAACUUGCAGCCUAAAGACGUCAACCGUCGAGCUGAUUUUAUAUCUGUAUUUAGUUUACAAUAUUAUGACCUAGUGGAACGAUAAUAUGAUGUCAAAACAUAUUUCGUACUCUUUUUGGUUUAAUAUUAAAUCGAUAUUUUGUAAUGUUACAUUUAUAAAUAGUACUCAAUUGUUGUUAAGAAAAAUUAGUUUAGAUUCUGUAACAAGUGCCACGAAUAGAUACUAUAAUAGUAGUAAUAUCAGAAGCAUAGAAAAUGAUAUGGAACAUUAUGGCUGAGAAUCUUUAGACAUACUCAUUUGUGUGGGCUUUUUCAUAAAAAAAAAAAAAAAAUUAAUAUUACCCUGUGUUUAGACUUUAGACUUCUAUAUAAAUGUUUCCUUUUAAUAUUACGGUGGCAAUAAAUAACACGCAAUAUUCACUUGAACGAAUCGUACAAUACAACUAGAUUUUUAUAUAACACAGUCAUUAUUAUGUGAUAUAACAUUAAAGUGGUCUUAAUUAAUCAUGAAAAUAAAUCAAGAAGCCAAGUUGUGAACAUACUCAGUAAUUUUCUUUGUUCUGAAUUUUUAAUAGUAAAAUUAUAACGAAUUUCAACGAUACCACUUUAAAUAAGGAAUUGAUUAAUAGAAAUAAGUACUUUAAUAUGUAGUUAAUUGAAUAAGCUUACAGGAGUUCAGUGUUUUGUUAUUGAUCAGUAUUAAAUUGUUUCAAAAUAUGGUUUUUAAUCGAAUAACGACUGUGUGUUACUUCAGUUUAACUUAUGCGUUUGUUGGACAUUUGCCAACUUUAGUUUGAAUAAUUGGAUAUCAUCUUCCAUCAAUUCAUAUAUCCAAACUUUAUCCAAAAUGGUAUUGAUUAUUUUAUAAUAAAACUUAACCAAGUAUUUGUCAUCAGCACACAAAUAGUUUUAAAUAUCUAACGACACAAUUAAAAAUUACUAAAGCCACACAGAAAUAGGCUUGGAGCUUCUGGGUGAAGACUCGCAAUGCAAAAGUAUAAUCUGUUUUCUUAUAUUCUGUGUGACAAUGGUGAUAUAGGAUGUUCUUAUAGAACUGUAACAUUUUAUUUGAAAUGUAUUAUGUACUUUAAAUUUAUCUACUAAUUAUAAUUUAUUAUUAUGAAUUUAUACUUUUUUAUACUCUUUAAUAUCUAUAUUUAUAGGAUUUAAGUUAAGUUUUUCAAAUUGAAUUUUAGGUUAUUUUUAUGUUACGCGGUGUAUGUGACAAGAUUUGCAAUGUAAUGAGAUUCUUCUCCUAUUGUAGUUUCACAAACUUUUCUGACCCGGUGGCCAAAACUGGAAUUCACAGCGCGGCGGUCGCCAUUUUGCAAAACAUUAUUACUAAGGGCGAUAACACAACACUGCGAUGCGUCGUUGCAUCGCAAAAACGAUGACGCAACGCAAUGCGAUGUGUUGACGCAACGCAAAUAUUUCAUCGCUUACGACAUCGUACGAGAACAGUAUAGCCAUUUGUUUAGAUUCUAGUGAAUGUAUGUAUCUAUGUACAUAAUACUACAUGUAUUCUACUUCUCCUUGAUUUAAGACGCUUUAAGAAAAACCAGAAAAGAAACUGAGCAGGCACAAAAACUGAUAAGGAAGUACUGGUUGCAUCCUUUUUAAAGUAAGUAACGAUGGGAAUUAUUUCAAGAGAAUAUAUAGGAGGCGUUGAAAAUAGAUGAAGUAAAAUUUUUCGUCUUAUUUAGAAUGAAUUUUAAAGAACUAUUAAGUCUGAUGAUGAUGAUAGUCUUAUCCCAAAAGACAGGCCGUUUCUGAUUUAUUGAAAUGAGAUAAUCGAAAUCGUAAUCAGUCAUGUUGGAGUGCAUACGCGCGCACGCAGCGAAGUGUGGACAUCGACUGAACGGUAAUGCGUCAUCGCGUCGCAAGUUUGCACGGUGCGGCGCCGCAUCGGAAAUUUUCGCACCGUAGUGUUGUGGUUUCGCCCUAAAGAGCGACAACAGCGGCACAAUCACCGGGUCAGAUAAAUUUGUGUGUACACGAUGCAAUACCGUCACGUACAUCUUUCAGUGUACGACUCUCCAUGUUAUUCAUGACGUUGCAUUUUUUUUUUAAUAUUUCAUAGACUGCAAUAAUUUGAACUUAUUUCAGAACCAAAGAGCUUUAAAUAUAAUCUAGUAACGUACUCGUACAAUACAAACUGCAAGCACGUUUAGUUAUUAGUGAAUUAAUAAGUAGUUAUAAGUAUAUAAAUAAUAAUAAUUAAUAUAGUGCUAUGUGGUAUACUGAAACUUUGUUAUGAAAUUCUAAUAUUGUUUUUAAUGAAAAUUCUCUUUGCCGUUUCAAUAGAUUUACUAGUACGCAAGUAUUUCUUGAUUGCAAUAUUUUAUGAAUCUUAAUUGUGCAUUGCCAAGACACAAAUACAGAGUUAAACAGAUUAAGAAAUCUUAGUCCCUGCGCCUUUAGAAUUAUUAGAAUUGGAGUAAAAAGUACAGUUUUUUAGCUGAAUACUAUUCGUCGGAGGAAAAUCCAUAGAUUAUUUUAAAUAUAAAGUAUAGUAUAGUUCGUCUAUUUCACAAAUUCCGCUUAACAUUAGUUUUAGUAUUACACACAAACACACACACACAUACACACGAGGUUUAUUUAUGCAUAAACCCUGAUAUUAAACUUAAAAUAACUAUGAGUUUGCAUGUGUUAUAGACGAACUAUUCGGUUCAAUGUUACACUAUGUAACAUUUACAACUAAUCUCAUAUUGUCUUUCAAUAGAAAUGUAGGUACUAGCAAUAUCUUUUAAGAACUAUUAUCUAUCCAUGAUACAGAUGCAGAUACCCACUUAAUUCAUAAACAUUUAAACCAUUUAAUGAACCUCCUCUAUAUUGUUUUUUGAAGACUUUGUAUCUGAAGAUCCCUUGAGAACUCAUAUGUUGAAUUCAGAACUCUGGGGCAAAAUUGGUCGCUUAUUGAGUUGCUGUUCCUAUAAAUGCGUCAUUUACUUAACAUUUUAGCAACCCAUUUAGUUAGGAGGUUUAUUGAAAAGUUUGAAUUUUUUAUGAAUAGGGCACAAGGCCCUGGUACUUAGUGUUGAAUACAUUUUCUCAGUAGCAUUUGUAUACCUUUUUAUAGUUGUUGAAAAAUCCCGGCGCAUAUCAGUUCGAUCAAAAUAAGAAUAGCAUUGAUCUAUGACGGCCAUAUUGGACGAGACAAAUCAGUUUACAAAACAUAUAUAAUGGAUUUUGUAAGUACGUGAAAUUGUAACAAAAAAGGAGAUGGUCCAUUUCUGGUCCACUCUUGCACCCUGUAUAGUUAAAAUUUAAUAAAUGCAAUGAUUUUAUUAACAUCUAAAUAAGUGAAUAAGUCUUACUUAAUAACUAAAUAAAAAGAAAUAAAUGAAGAUUAAACCCAAGUUUUUGAGCUAUCAAGAUGGCGCCCUUAGUUAUUCUAAUGACAUGACAAUUGACAGUAAACAUCAUAGCGACUAUUGCGUUAAAACAUCAUCAUCAUCAAUCCGCCAUUGUUAUUCAAAUUAGUGUUGCAUUUCUUGGGAGAGAAUGAAUAUUAUUUCGAAAGAAUUUAAGAAAAUUCGUAGAUUUGUAAAAUCGAAAAUAGUUAAUAAUGACUGAUCCUGGGCCCCAUACAAUUUUGGACCAUCUCCUUUGUUGAACAAUUGUAAUUUGAAAAGUGUCGGUUAAUCGAUCUGCUAUUCUUAUCCUGCUCGGAAUGUUAUGAACAAUUGCUUGUCGACGUUGUAAGUAAAUGCUUCGGGAAUAAAUCCAGCGAAUUCAUUGAAGUUCCUAAUGAUGCCAAAAUGAUUGAUGUUCUGUUAUAAGUCCAGUAGCAUGCGUCAACGACAUUUCCUGUAAACAUAUUUUCGGCCAAUAGCGACGGAGAUGAAUUGUUCUCUAUUUCGUCCCUACACAACGAAAGAGAGCGAUAUUUUCGGUGUUAUUUGUCGACGAUAUAUCUUUCUCUUUUAAUGAUGUCGUAAUGCGCAUUAGGUCUACUGGUAGGCGAGCGUGCACAUAAUUAUAUUCUUAAAAAAACGAAUAUUAAUUGGAAACAAUGUGCGUGGCAGAAGAAGUCAUUAGCUAAUAAAAGAAGAAAAAUAUUUAGAACUUUCUAUUAAAUUUUCAACUGACUUAAAAUAUAUUUCCAAUAAACUAAAUGUGUUUUGAUUUGCAGUUAAUUAAAAUACGUACCUACUACUGUAUUAACUAAAUCCAUUUACAUCAUUAAUAUUUAGGUUUUUUUAGAUUUUUAAGAACUUUAAGGAAGGCUAAUAUUAUUUAUCCAAAUGGUUUUUUUUUCUAUAGUUGAGCUUCCUUAAAUGAUUUUAAUAUGUAAUUCUGUGUGCGCUCGCUUGAACAAUUAAAUUAAGUAGUAAUGCCUAAGCAAUAUUAAUGUAGUUCCUGGACACAUUAUUAAGAUCGUUGCGGUGCGUCAAAUCUGAUUAAGAUUUUCUAUUAGUUCAAGAUAUAGUUUCUGAGUAAAAUGUUCUCUGUGCACACGAAUACAUUACCGCCAAGCGACCUAUACUAAUUGUACCUAGUGCAUAUCCGUGGAAUAGUUACUUUUGCAAAUAUCUAUAUAUAAAAAAAUCAAUGCUACUUUUUGUUCAUCACGUUGCAAUUUUAUAACUCAAGAACGGGCUCACCUAUGCAAACCAAAUGUUUAGGCUUUGUUCGGACUAUUUAAUAGAGUUUGCAUGAAAUCGGUCGAGCGGUUCUUUAUUUAUCACAUUUUUUGUAACAAAUGAAUUGAGGGGUAGUAUAGGGGUAGGGUAGGGUAUGGGAAGGAGUAGGGUAGUGUAGGGUAGGGAUAGGGAAGAAGUGCACAUAAGUCAAAGCGAAGCUUGAGCGGGUAAGCUUUUAUUGGAUUAAUAGGAAAUCUUUUUCAACCUCUUAUCAACUCACGCCAAAUUUCCUACGUGCCAUACAUUGUAUAAGCUGUGACGUGUUGAGAAAAUAUUUGUACGAAUCUUUGUUAAUAAGUGAGAGUGUAAAAAGUUAAUUAGAAAAUGAGUUUUUAAUAAAUAACUUAACAAAAUAA